UGCAUGGAUAUAGGAAGUUGAAUUAAUUGGGGGAACUAUCCAGCAGAUACUACUGAUUAUUGCUUCAUUUUGUGUUAUUGUGAUCUUCCACCAUGGUCAAGCCAAAGGGACCCGCUCGUAUGAGUCGGAUAAGCAAGGGGAAACAUAGUUUGAACGCAGAUCGACCAAAAACUGAAAAAGGAACGGGCAACAACAUGAGGGACAAAGCCACGGUCAAAAGAAUCAAGAUGUAUAAAGGGGGUAAACCAAUCAGAAAUAAAGAAGGCAAAAUAGUCAAAGCCGCUCCAUUUCAAGACUGGCUUCCUUUAGGAACAGUGGCAAGGGUAGAACCCAACAGAAGAUGGUUUGGUAACACUCGCGUUGUUAGUCAGUCCUCGCUACAGACAUUUCAAAAUGAACUUGGUAAAGUUAUACGAGAUCCGUACCAAGUCGUGAUGAGGCAAUCUAAACUACCAAUCACAUUGUUACAGGAAAGGGCAAAGCAUGCCAGGGUGCAUGUUUUGGAAACUGAAAGUUUUGAAAGUACAUUUGGUAAGAAGAAACAGAGAAAGAGACCGACAUUGAAAGCAGCAGAUGUGGAGAGUUUGGUAAAAAGUGCAGAUGAUUUGGUUGAAAAGUAUGAUAGUGAGAAGGACCGAGAUUUAGUGCGUGAUGACGAUGGUAUGCGCAAAGAAGCCAGAGAACCGAUUUUUAGCAAGGGAACAUCUACUAGGAUUUGGGGAGAGCUGUAUAAGGUGAUUGACUCAUCUGAUGUAGUAGUACAAGUACUGGAUGCCAGGGACCCACAAGGUACUAGAUCUAAACACAUUGAAAACUAUCUUAAAAGGGAAAAACAGUAUAAACAUCUUAUAUUCAUACUCAACAAAGUAGACUUAGUUCCUACAUGGGUCACGCAAAAAUGGGUGGCCAUCUUAUCACAUGACUAUCCUACUUUAGCGUUUCAUGCUAGCGUCAAUAAUCCUUUUGGUAAAGGAGCACUAAUACAGCUACUCAGGCAGUUUGCAAAACUACAUCUGGACAAGAAACAGAUCAGUGUUGGUUUCAUUGGUUAUCCAAAUGUCGGUAAGAGUUCCGUCAUUAAUACAUUGCGUGCAAAGAAAGUCUGCAAAGUAGCCCCCAUUGCUGGAGAGACCAAAGUCUGGCAGUAUAUUACCUUGAUGAGACGAAUAUUUUUAAUAGAUUGUCCCGGUGUGGUGUACCCAACAGGGGAGACGGAGACCGAGCUUGUUUUGAAAGGCGUGGUAAGGGUUGAGAACGUGAAGAACCCAGAGGACUAUGUUGGUGCCGUACUGGAGCGAGUCAAACCGGAAUACAUUCAGAGAACGUAUAAUAUUGCACAGUGGAAGGAUGAUGAAGAUUUCUUAGAACAGAUGGCGAGGAAAACUGGAAAAUUAUUGAAGGGUGGAGAGCCUGCUAUAAAUACUGUAGCCAAGAUGGUUCUGAAUGAUUGGCAGAGAGGAAAAGUCCCCUACUUUGUUAAGCCACCAGAAACAGACCAGGAAGUAAGAGAGAGGAUACAUAAUGAAAAGAAAGAGAAAGAGAAGAUGGCUGAAGCAAAAACAGCGAAUGAUGAAAAGAUGGAGUCAUCCAAUGAAAAAGAAAUUGAGUCAACAACAGAUGAAGUCCAGUUUGCUGUUUCUCAGGAUCUUACUAAAAUCAGCGUUGAACCAGAAUUUGUUGGAGAGGAUAUUCAGGAUAUUGUUCCUAUGGAAACUACUGUUGAUGAUGAUGCAAUCAGUGAUGAUGAUGAUGAAGAGGAGGAAGAAAAAGAAGAUGAUACUAGUCGCCAUAGAAACCAGGAAGAUGGAAAAGAGGAAUCUGGACUAGUUAUAAACAAAGACAGUGGUGUUUUGAAAAGUGCAUUGACCUUUCUUGGGGGGAAAAAAACAAAUCAGCAGAAACUUGCAGGAUUUAAAAUCAAACAACAAAAAUUCAAGAAGACCAGGAAUGAAAUAACAGAACAAAAACAGUCUGAUAAUAUUCAGAGUUCAAAUGCAGAGGAAGAUAAUGAGAAAAUAGAAACAGGAAAAAUAAUAGAUGUUAUCUAUGAGGAUGAAUCUGAAAAUGAGGAACUUUUAAAUGAUGCUGAUGAAGACAAUCCACAACUUGAGGAAAGUGAUGAUGAUGAUGAUGAUGAUAAUGAUGGUGGGGUACAGAUAAAAGAUACAGAGUAUGUUACCAUGGUAGAGAUGAUGCCAUCUCCUAAACAGAAACACAUGCCUGUUAAGAAAGGAUCAAAGAAAAGAAAACGGUGUUAUCAGGAGGAAGAGGAGGAAGAAAGGCCAUCUAAAAAGGAAUUAAGACGAGAGCAUAAAAAGAGAAUGAGACAGAAAACUGGAUCACGAUACUAUGACACUGUAAAUGUGAAAAAUAAAAAUUACCCCAAACGUGGAACAACUUCAGAAAAACACACCAGGUCAAAAAAGAGGAAAGGCAGCUCUAGAAAUUAGAAUAAUAUUAUUUUAAAGACAAUGAACAUGAAAUGAACAAUGUUAUCAUUUAUUUUAGAAUAUUAACAACUUUGUGGAAAGUUGAAAAUACCAUAUCACCAUCAUAGAAGUGUGUGAAAGUCAAACUGCAAACAACAUUUCCAAAUGGAAAGUUACCAAAAUAAAUAACACUAAUAAAUUUAUUUGUAUCAAUGCAA